ACAUAUCCUUCAACGCUUGGUUCGAAGCCCGCGGUGCUGGCUGGAUUCUUUGAUGGUGAUUGAAAGUGUCUUUCCCGCUGUCUUAGUCCGAGCCAGCCCUGUGAAGGCUUGAUUGCACCAUAUCGAACACCUGUCGGUUCGAGUUCGGAGGUACCCCACCUUGGACGGCGUGCCAGCGACGACAUCACCACCACCAUCGCUAGUGGGACCUCCUUGCCGUUGGCCACGAACCUGAAUCGCAGCGCACAAAGUUCCCCCCUGUCUUGACAACGAAGCAGGCUGGCGACACAGCGGUCACGUCUUGUCGGGUUCCUUCCAGCGACUGCGUGAAUUAGCGCUUUGCCAGCAGAGAUCGCAGUCUCGACGCUCGGGCACCUCUUUUGCGGCGCACGACCACCACCAACCACGGCGCAAGACGCCAAUCUUACCUCCCUAGCCAAAAUUCGAGGUCUCUCGCGCCCGAUGCCCGAUUCUUGAGUACAUGAUACCUGUCUUCCCGCGGAUCUGAACAGCCUGGACCAAGAUAUACGAGCCCUAUUCCAACAGCUCCCUCCACGACUCCGCCUGAGGAGUCGUAGGCAGGCAGCGAGCAUCCCAGCACGACCACCACAAUGGCGCAAUCGCCCAUGUUAUCAUGCCCUCUAAAACAAACUAACGAAAUCGACUGGAUAUCGCCCCUCAAGGCCUACAUACGUGACUCAUAUGGCGACGAUCCGGAGCGGUACUCGGAAGAGUGCGCGAUGCUCAACAGGCUGAGACAGGACAUGCGCGGCGCGGGAAAAGACAGCGCUUCCGGGCGUGACCUGUUGUAUCGGUACUACGGACAGCUUGAGCUGUUGGAUUUGAGGUUUCCUGUGGAUGAGAACCACAUCAAGAUUUCCUUCACCUGGUUCGACGCUUUCACCCAUAAGCCGACGUCGCAGUACUCGCUCGCCUACGAAAAGGCGUCAAUCAUAUUCAACAUCUCCGCCGUCCUCUCCUGCCAUGCUGCUCUGCAGAAUCGUUCCGAAGAAUUCGGCCUCAAGACAGCCUAUCAUUCGUUUCAAGCCUCAGCUGGAAUGUUCACCUACAUCAACGAGAACUUCCUUCAUGCCCCAUCCGUGGACUUGAGCAGGGACACGGUCAAGACGCUGAUCCAGAUCAUGCUGGCCCAGGCACAAGAGGUCUUUCUAGAAAAACAGAUUUCGGAUAAGAAAAAGGUUGGGCUGCUGGCCAAACUAGCCAGUCAAGCGGCGUGGCUUUACGGGCAGGCCCUCGAGGGCGUUCAGGAAAAUGUCACGAAAGCCGUCUUUGAACGGGUCUGGCUACUAGUUACCCAGAUCAAAUCAAACUACAUGUCCUCGUUGGCGCAAUAUUACCAGGCCUUGGCUGACAACGAUGCUAAUGCGCAUGGGGUUGCAAUAGGAAGGCUCCAAGUUGCUGAGUCGCUUGCCCGUGAAGCAAAUCGCAUCGCGAACUCCUUUCCUUCCUCCGUGCCUGCGAGCUCAAAUCUCACGUCCGAAACAGGCCCCACUCUCGCAGAUGCAACAAAACGCCAUCUAACGGCCUGCUCGGAAAAGCUGGCCGAGUUCGUCAAGGAUAAUGACUUUAUCUACCACCAGCCUGUGCCUUCGGAGGCUGGACUUGCCGCUAUACCGAAACUACCUGCAGCGAAGGCGAUUCCUGUAAGUGAGUUGUACCAGGGACAGGAUAUUCAGCGGAUUAUCGGACCGGAUAUUUUCCAGCGUAUUGUACCGAUGGCGGUCACAGAGUCAGCGAGUAUGUACGACGAGGAGAAGGCGAAGCUUGUGCGUGGUGAGACCGAGCGUGUAGAAGUUGCGAAUGAUGAAAUGGCCGCAUCAUUGGACUACCUCAAGCUACCAAGCAGUCUGGAUAUCCUGAAAGGCGCCAAAGAUGGGGACAUGUCCGUGGACACGGAGUUCAGGAGGUGGUGUGAAGAAUUGGCCGGUCACCAGGGGUUCUCAGCAGAAUUCGAUGAAUUGAAUAAGAUUAAGCAACACGUCAAUGAACUGCUAGAGAACAGCAUGAAGUCGUUGGACAUGGAAGAAUCCGUCUGCGAAAAGAUGCGUUCCAAGUAUGGCGACGAAUGGACCCAGCAGCCUUCCUCUCGACUUACGGCGACUCUUCGGGCGGACAUAAAGAACUAUCGUCAGGCUAUAGAAGAGGCCAGUACGAGUGACGCUCAAUUGUACAGCACGCUUCGCCAAAACGAGAGUGACUUUGACGAGAUGCGAAGCGCAGGAGAAACAGAUGAGGCCGACAUUCUGUAUCAGCGAGCACUCAUUAAGGCAGGCGCAGCGAAGAUCAAAGGUGAUGCGAGUGAGACGCUUCUAGAUGAAGAUUUUGACAGUGGUCCAAGCGUUGCGGAACAGAUCGCGGCCAUUGAAGAGCUGCUGAAAAAACUGAGAGGGUUAAAGAAAGAAAGGGAACAGGUACUUAAGGAUCUGAAGGAGAAGGCGCACAAUGAUGACAUAUCGAAUGUUCUCAUUCUAAACAAGAAGUCCAUAUCGAAUCAGGACAGCCAGAUCUUCAAAGCGGAGCUCGAAAAAUUUCGGCCGUACCAAAAUCGCAUCCUCCAGGCGAACCACAAGCAAAAUUCUUUGUUAAAGGAAAUCACACGCACGUAUGAUGCGCUGCUGCAAGACAAACGCGUUCGCGCUGAGCAUAGCAAAUUCGAAGCCUUCUCUCGCCAGCGCAACAGCGCCCUCGCGAAAUACCGUCGUGUAUAUCAGUCUUUCAACGACCUUGUUACGGGGUUGAGCAGAGCCCAGACAUUUUAUGCAGAAAUGAAAGAGACUGUGGAGAGUUUGGCUAAAAAUGUGGAGACUUUUGUUAAUAACCGAAGAAGCGAGGGAGGACAAUUGCUAGCAGCGAUUGAAAAUGCGAGAAAGGAAAAUCAGAGUGGUCUGGUAGAUUGGGAGCGGGAGAGACUGGCCCAGCUGGUAGAUCGUAUGAGCGUGAAUAACCCAUCUUCUGGGAACUCGUCGCCGGGGCCGAGGGGUCCCAUGUCCGUAAGUUCGGGAUCCAGUGGAGGACGACCAAAUUUUGGUAAUGCACCAACAUCGCCACCGCAAUCACAGAUUGUACAACAAUACGCCGUUGCUCCAGCGCCUGGAUCGUCACAGUUUGGACCGCCCUCUGGUGUCACAUCCCUCGGCACAGGAUAUUUCCCCCGUCAGAAUGGCACCGGUAUCUCUUCCCCACCGGCGACAGCUACGCAGCAUGUAACAUACAACCCCGCGAGCUGGGGUCCAGUAUCACCACCUCCACAGCAGCAAUUUUUCUCUCAAAACAUCAAUCAACCCGGUGCUCGGUAUUCACAGCAGAGCAUGCCGUCGUACACGCCGCAUCAACAGCAGCCAGUGCCAAGUCAGGUUCAGCCCCAACAGAUGCCACCUGGAUGGCAACCACCGCCACCGCCUCCUGGGGCCCCCCCCAAUCAGCAGGACAUGAACUUUGGCAUUGGGGCUGGUAUGCAGAGUUAUCCCAGUGGGCCUGGCGGCUAUUCUGGAAGCGUCAUGAGACACCCUCCCCAAGGGCAGUCGCAUUCACAAACGGGCAUGCAGCAGCAGCCAGGAAGUGCAGAUCCGUGGAGCGGGCUAAGUGGAUGGAAAUGAGAGAGGUCCAAAGAGUCGAAAGGAUGAGGAGCUAGAUUAUAUUUCUUUCUCUUUUAUUUCUUUUUUUACACGCAAAAUGGGAAUGGAGAGGAGUGUAGCAUUCUUGUCGACUUUCUGUGUCAAUUUUGACCUUGAACUUCUUCCAAGCGCUCGCUAGGAGCUCUCUCAUCUUUCCCUCGUCGGCCAGUCUUUUUCUUUUGACUGUUUUGACGGGGAAUUCAUGCAUCGCAAAAAUUUUUACACGGGCUCGGUGAAGAAUAUGAGUCCCAAAAUAUAAACGGGAAACUAAAUGGAGGAAGGCGCCCAUCCUCAUAGUCACGACCAUGCGCAGUGUAAGAUGACAGUUAUUGUUUCUGGCAGCAUUGCUGGAUUCUUUGUUCUACUCGUGAAAGCAGCGCGACUCGUCAAAUUCAAUCUUGUCUCGCGCCGGCAAUAUUGAUCAAAAAUAUGA